CCGGAGUCUUGGAAUUAAGAACGGGACCGAUAUUCACCGUUACGAUACGAAUGACACCAAACGCACCACGGAGCGCACCAGAGCGUCACACGGUCCUGUUUGCUGAUUGGAGUUCGAAUCUUUAUUAUAUAUGAAAUGCUGUUGCUUUGUGAAAAAACAUGGGCAAAAGCUACGUUCAGGAAUUUUGGGAUGCCCAUAAAACCAAGGGAGUAACAACUUAACACGUCAUACAUAGAUACAUUAAGAGUGACAUUUUUGCGCAUCAGUUGUUUGCUUAGUUUUUUAAACGCAUCGUUUAUAAAGAGGCACAGAUAUGUGUUCAAGUAUUCACUUUCAUUUUUUGACAUGGAGGAGCAGAACAAUUAUGGAAAUAUUGCAUGCUGGAUUUCUUAAUCAUCAAUGACACGAGCUUUUCAUUGUUUUAGCUGAAGUGACAGUUUCACAAUCCGACGUUCCGUUCUAUCCAUUUACAAGAGGCACGACAAUUUUCAAAGAGAAUGAAGUGUUAAACAACUUUUUGUUUAUCACCGCAUUCAUUCAUCGCCGACAUUCUAACUUAUUAGCACCAAGAUCAACAAGUUUGUGAUGUCAUGGGCUGAUAUGGGGCCCCGCAACUGAUCGCGUGGGGGACAAUGUCUGGACCCUGCAUCCGCAUCCCGUUUUGGGUCCGUAUGUUUCUACUGCUGCUCCUUCAAAGCAGCGCAUCGGAGUGCAGAGUCACUGAGGGCUGUCCAGAGCUCCUCUCCAGCGGCUGCAGCUGCACAGAGGAGCGUGGUAAAGCUCACCCUGCACCAGGAGCACGGCGAAAAGUGAGCUGCGGUGGGAAGGAACUAACGGAGACUCCAGAAGUCAGUCUGCUCCCCAGUCGGACUGUUUCUUUAAAUCUAAGCAACAACCGCAUUCGUGUUCUGAAAAAUGGCUCCUUCGCUGGCUUGUACUCCCUCGAGAAAAUGGAUCUCCGAAAUAAUUUGAUCAGCACCAUCAUGCCUGGAGCCUUUCUGGGUCUCGCAGCUCUUCGAAAACUUGACUUAUCCAGUAACCGAAUUGGCUGCCUGACUACAGAAAUUUUCCAGGGACUUACAAACCUCACUAAAUUAAACAUCUCUGGAAAUAUAUUUUCGUCUUUGGAUCCUAAUGUCUUCCUGGAGUUACACUCUCUAAAGCUGGUGAACUUUCAUACGGAGUUCCUGUCAUGUGACUGUGGUCUGCGUUGGGUCCCUCGUUUUUUUCGUAGCGGUUCGGCCCGCCUUGGGGAUGAAACACUCUGCGCGUAUCCCACAAGGCUUCAAAACAAACCCCUUCGUGAGCUGAGAGAGAGUGACCUUAGCUGUGAUGGUCCACUGGAACUGCAGACACUGUCUUUGUUGCCCUCUCUGAGGCAGGUGGUGUUUAAAGGUGACAGACUUCCUUUCCAUUGUACUGCUUCUUUGGUGGACAAAAUCACUGCGUUACACUGGCAGCACAAUGGUCGGCCUGUCACCAGUGACCCUACGCAUGGGAUUCAUCUGGAAGAGAGUAUGCAACAUGACUGCACAUUCAUAACCAGUGAGCUGAUCCUGUCAAAUGUCCACAUUGAGGCGAGUGGUGAAUGGGAUUGCGUGGUGUCCACACGCCGAGGGAAUGCCUCACGAAGUGUUGAGAUUGUGGUACUGGAGAAUAGCGCCUCAUUCUGUCCGGAGCAGAGAAUAACCAACAACCGAGGGGAGUUCAGGUGGCCUAGAACUCUGGCUGGCAUCACCUCUUACCAGUACUGUCUACAGCUGCGCUACCCUUCCUUAACUUUGGGGGGCGGUGUGGAGCAGAAGAAAGCAUCACGCUACUGUGACCGUUCUGGACGCUGGGAAGAGGGAGAUUACUCUCAGUGCCUUUAUACUAAUGACAUCACGAGAGUCCUUCAUACAUUUAUACUGAUGCCCAUCAACACCUCCAACGCAUUGACUCUUGCACAUCAGGUGUGUACAUACACACUGGAAGCCGUUGGUUUCACUGACACUGUAGAUGUUCUCUAUGUAGCUCAGAUGAUGCAGAAAUUCAUGGACUAUGUCACAGAACUGCGUGAGCUGUCAGAGGUGAUGGUGGAGAUGGGAAGUAACCUGAUGCAGGUAGAUGAUCAGAUCUUGGCUCGCGCCCAGAGAGAGGAAAAAGCUUGCAUUUCAGUUGUAUAUUCUCUGGAGACUCUCGCUUGGCCGCAGCUGCACUCUCACGCUCAGGAUCUUUCUAUUACUUCUCGUAAUAUCGUGAUGGAGGCUCACUUGAUUCGCCCGGCUCAUUUUAAUGGAAUGAGCUGCACGGCCUAUCAGAGACGAGAAGCGACCGGAGGGAGCCAUGUAAAUGAUGGGAUAGAGUCCCCCCUUGAACAACAGCUGCGCUUCCGCUGCACCACAGGGACACACAAUACCUCACUCAAUGCUUUUCCUCUUAAGAAUGCAGUGGCUCUUGCUUCAGUGUCUCUUCCUGCGUCUCUUUUUCCUCCGACCGCUCCUCCUGACUGUAAGCUGCAGUUUGUGGCAUUCCGCAGUGGAAGGUUCUUUCCAUUUACAGGAAAUUUCACUGCACCUUAUGACCUCGCUCGCAGACGUGGUGUCAACACUCCCGUUAUCUACGUUGGCCUUGAGGGCUGCAGCAUGUGGAAUCAGUCAGACCCCAUUAUUGUGUCAUUGCGACACACAUCACCUGGUAAUGAUCCUGUUGCGGUUCACUGGAGCGUGCAGGCUCUGAAGCAUCGUGGGAGUUGGAGUUUAGAUGGCUGUCAGGUGGCCCAUACUGAUGCAUCAACUUCUACACUGCGUUGCUCUGUGCUAAGCAACUACGCUGUACUUCAGGAAAUGCCGGAUUUCCCGGGAUCCAAUCCCAUUUCAGUGGAAGUUCUUCACCCUGUGAUCUACACCUGUACUGCAGUGCUGCUUCUCUGUCUCUUUACCAUUAUCAUCACCUAUAUUCUGCACCACAGUUCAAUCAGAAUCACAAGGAAGAGUUGGCACACUCUCUUAAACACGUGUUUUCACAUCGCAAUGAUGUCUGCCGUAUUUGCUGGAGGCAUUACCUUGACGGGAUACCCAAUUGUAUGCCAAGCAGUGGGGAUUGUUCUUCACUACUCCUCCUUAUCCACUUUAUUAUGGAUCGGUGUGAGUGCCAGAGUUAUCUAUAAAGAAGCUUCAUUGGGGGCUCCACAACAGCUUGAAGGCGAGACUGCUGCACAGCCAACCCAGCGGCCGAUGCUCAGGUUUUAUUUAAUAGCUGGGGGUGUCCCACUCAUUAUAUGUGGUAUCACAGCAGCAGUAAACAUCAAUAACUAUGGAGACAACAUUCCUUACUGCUGGUUGGUAUGGCAACCCAGUUUUGCUGCUUUCUACAUUCCAGCUGGAUUGAUCAUUCUGGUGACCUGGAUCUACUUCCUGUGUACUGCUUGUUGCCUGAGGCACCAAAGUUUCAAAGAUCCUACUUGCACUCCAUCCAUCCCACCGCCCUUGUCGGAGAGCCAACCUGCACUCGGUGGCAGCACCAGUAUGCUGUCAACAGACUCUGCGGUGGGCCCAGUGCAUGCUGGGACGUUGGUGGAAGACAAGUACUCGUUAAAGGUGCAGUGUUUGGCACUGGUGGCAACACAUUUUGUUUUUUUGGGACUGUGGUGUAGCGGCGCUAUGGCGGUUUGGCAUGUGGAUAGAGAACGUAAGGUAUUCAGCUGUCUGUAUGGGGGACUGGCUACUGGAUUGGGGAUUUUCUUGAUCCUUCAUCAUUGUUUCAAGCGUCUGGAUGUCCGGACAGCAUGUCUAGGGUGUUGCCCAGGAUACCGUCAAUCCCAACCCAUGUCGGUUUACGCCCAUCCCUGUACUGUCACAGUAGGGGUCCAAAACCCCUACGACAGGGGCUCCCAAGUCUUCGUAGCAUGUCAUCUGCCGACAGACCCCAACAGUUACUCUUCUUCUGCCAGGUCCUCGUCUACUCACAGCGGAACUACUAGCGUCGCCACGCGGCCUUGCAAACUGACCAACCUCCUGCAAGUGACCCAAGAAAAUGCAUACAAUGUCACCCGAGGCCCAGCGGGAACUAAUACCAGCUCAAGCACAGAGAACAAUGGCAAUAAGCCUGCCAACAACCUUCUUCCCAGUCUGAGCAGCACACUGCCCAUCCAGCAGCCUCACAGGAGGAAGGCUUGUGGUAGAACCAGGGGUGGCAAUACCCAGUACCACCACAGAGGGGAUGGCAGAGGGCACUUUCGCCUGAAAUCUUUGCGAGUGGGAGGAGGAAGUAUGGGUGCUUUAGGACCCUCGGGGACAGAACAAAUAAAUAACCAUAAUCUUCACAAACAUGCUUCCAGUGAAAACGGAAGUCUACGAAAUAGCCAUUCGGAAAACCAGAAUGGACUUCUGACCAAUGGACGGCACAAACGGGAGGGUCUUGCAACAAGCCCCUCGGAAGGAAGUGAUGGAGGUAGUAGUGGAAGUAGAAAGCCCUUUCCGCUGUUGCCCUCGGUGGCAAGUAGGUUUGCCCUACAGCAGAACGCUCAACGCCGCAGCAAAGACAAUCUAAAACUGGCCGCUGCAACUGAUAGAGAAUCCAAGCGGAGCUCGUUCCCUCUAAACGUGACAACAAAUGCAGCUGGGACGGUCAGUGCUAUGGCCUUGUUGUCAACCGUUUUGGCACCAAAUGGAACGCUAAAGGGCUCCGUGAAAGAAUUGGACACUAGUGGGACAGACCAAUCACAAGGUUCGGUUGGUAUGAGGAGCAGGGGAUGGAAAAGCGAAACAACAGUAUAAAAAUAAGCUGUGGGUAUCAUUGAGAAUAAUUGAAAUCCAAAUUAGACUACAAUACAGUAACUGCGUAUCCUAACAGAAUAUUUUUGCUUAGAGGUUAAUGCAAGUAUUUGUUUAAAGUAUUUUUUUUUAAAUAUGGUGUAAAACAUUGAUGACUCAUCCUGCACUAUUGGCCUAUAAGUCUGUAAAAUUGAUAAGUUUCUUCCCAAUACCACUUGGAAAUUAUAUAAUUAAAUAUUAAAUAGCUGAUUAUCACAGCUGUGGCGUAACUGAAGCCUACUGACUAUUUUUUUAAAUGAAAGAAGAUAAAGAAAGGGUAUUGAGUAUUCUAGGAGCCAAAGCCUAAAUUUCUUUCUCCACAAGAGAAACAUUUGGCUCCUUUUAUAAUCUUCCAGUUUUUUAGUUUUUAUGUUGGUCUGUUAUAUUUCAACAGUCCACCUGAAACAUGCAAGAGCAGUUGCCAGAUAACAGUGACUUGUUUGUUGGCAAUGCUUUUAAUGGCUUUGAAUGUCGGAUGAAGGGCGUUAUGAGAAGUUACAUGUGGCUAUUUUAUGCAUAUGAGCAUAUGCAAAAGUAGAAGAGCUGGGGUUAACACAAUAUGCAAAAUCGCUUUAUGUAUGUGCUUUUAUUUGUCUUUAACACCACUUAAUCUAAUUAUUAAAAGUAAUGCAUUAAAAUCAUUUAAUUUUGCCAAUGGAUCUGAAGUUUAAUCUUAGGACAACAAUCAGGUUGGAUUUCAGCUGAAGUUUUUUUCCCUUGUCUGUUUUAAUGUCUGUUGUUUGUUUUUAUUCACACAUUUUCAUUUAUGUGUCUGUCAAAAUGUACACUAUGUGUUAUGUAUGUAUUGUUCGACCAUUACAGUGUUAUUCAUUUUUAUUAACUCAGCACUAAGUAGCUAUUGGUAUCCUUUGGUCAAUCUGUCACAAAUGUGGAAUACAAAGACUUGACACAGACAAUCAUCCUGCCCCAAAAUGUCCAUCCUAUGUCAAUUGGUACUGGAAAUCUAAGUCUUUUUUCACUGAUAAUACGUUUUUGAGGUCAACCUAUUUUUGCCGAAUAGCAUCCCUAUAGUUGAUUUAUAGUGCCCUCUGUUGGGUAGUUUCUGCCAUCAAUCAAAUGCACUGAUAAUGAAUGUUGUUAUUUGACAGAUUACAUCAACCAAACUUUCAUGGUCACACCAUUGUUACUGAUGGAUUUGAUGAGAAAGGACAAGCUUAUUUUGUUGUAGUACCAUGUUAAACAUGGACUUUUUAAACACUUGGUUUAGGCCUGCCUUAACCUGAUAGCCUGAAGACAGAAUUAUAGAUAUUCUUAUAAAUAAUUAUGUAUUUAUAAUAUACAUAUCAGUAUUAGUGUUUUUGUCUAAUACUAAUGUAAUUGUCAUUAUGCAAUUUGUGAUAUUCAGUAAUGAACAUUGGAUUGGAGGCGUAAUAUUUUUUUAAAACUUUUUAAUCUAAAUGCACAGUAUUGUUUCAUUAAAGGUCUCCAUACAUACAUCACUGUUUUUUGUUUCAACAUAUAAAAUAAAAAUAAAAACUUUACUUCAGCUAAAAAUUAACAAAGAAUUCACAAUUGAAGUAAACUGAAGGAAAAAAUAUAGGCUAUCCAAAAAAGACAAUUCGCCCCCUACAAGCCAGACACCUCUGUAAACAUUUAAUAAAUAUUAAAAGAUCAUUAUGUUGCUGUGACAAUAGAACUACUCCUACAUUUUUCUAAAUCAAAUCCUUAAAGCAUUUAAUUUCAUGGUUGUAUCAUUAUUUUUAAUUAUAUUUUUAUUUUAAUGUAAGUUUAACUGUUUAUGUUUGUGAAGGCUGAUAAACAUUGAACACCCCCGUGUCAUUACAGAUUUCAUAUUCUGUCUUAUUUGAGUUGUGUGUAAUUCAGAUUUUUUAGUAGUGCAAAAUAACCUACACAGUCAAAUCACAAUAGGACUGUGUUCUUUUUUUCUUUAAAAUAACUUUUUAUAUGUUAAUGGUUUAUGUGACUAUGUGAUAUUUGCAUGAACAAUUUUAUUUGCCUUUGGCUAUAGGCCCCGCGCUUCUGGUCAGUAAAGAUUCAGUGUUAUUCUAUAUAUUGUUUUGAUUACUAAAAAUGGGAGUUUUCAGUAAUAACAUAUGUAUUUCUAUUUUUGUCAGUCACUUCAAUGUGAAAAUGAUAGCAACAUUUUUGUAUCAAUUUCAGUAAUAUAUUUGCUCCAGAUUGUGCCUUAUCAAUGACCUGAUGCAAAAUAAA